AUUAAUGAGCGUGGGAAAGAGUGGGCAAAGCCAGGGGUAGAAUCCCAGAUCUAAGCAGAAAGCCACGCAAGUGCAUUUGGCUAUAAAUAAGGCGAGAGUGAGCCAUUCGAACUCGCUCCUCUCUCUUCUACGCUAGUAACUGAACCAAGCGAAGAAGAAGAAGAAAGAACCAGUCAAGUCUUCUUUACCUCCGAAAGAGAAAUGGCGUCUCACAUUGUUGGAUACCCUCGUAUGGGCCCCAAGAGAGAGCUCAAGUUUGCUUUGGAAUCUUUCUGGGAUGGGAAGAGCAGUGCCGAAGAUUUGCAGAAGGUGGCAGCUGAUCUGAGAUCUUCCAUCUGGAAGCAGAUGGCGGAUACUGGGAUCAAGCACAUCCCCAGCAACACUUUCUCAUACUACGAUCAGGUGCUUGACACCACUGCAUUGCUCGGGGCUGUUCCACCAAGAUAUGGAUGGAAUGGUGGUGAGAUUGGAUUUGACACAUACUUCUCCAUGGCCAGAGGAAAUGCCUCAGUUCCUGCUAUGGAGAUGACCAAGUGGUUUGAUACCAACUACCAUUUCAUUGUCCCUGAGUUGGGACCUGAUGUCAACUUCUCCUAUGCUUCUCACAAGGCCGUCGAGGAAUACAAGGAGGCUAAGGCGCUUGGAGUGGACACCAUUCCAGUCCUUGUUGGUCCUGUGUCAUACUUGUUGCUUUCGAAACCAGCAAAGGGUGUUGAGAAGUCCUUUUCUCUUCUCUCUCUUCUUGGAAAAAUCAUUCCAAUCUACAAGGAAGUUAUAUCUGAGCUUAAGGCUGCUGGAGCUUCAUGGAUUCAGUUUGAUGAGCCCACGCUUGUUAUGGAUCUUGAUUCUCACAAGUUGCAAGCAUUCACUGAUGCCUACUCUCACCUGGAAUCAACUCUAUCUGGCUUGAAUGUUCUUAUUGAGACCUACUUUGCUGAUAUUCCUGCUGAGGCAUUCAAGACCCUCACUUCCUUGAAAGGUGUCACUGCAUAUGGUUUUGAUUUAGUUCGUGGUACUAAGACCCUUGAUUUGAUUAAGGGUGAAUUCCCUAAGGGAAAAUACCUCUUUGCCGGAUUGGUUGAUGGAAGGAACAUUUGGGCUAAUGAUCUUUCUGCCUCCCUAAGUACUUUACAGACUCUUGAAGGCAUUGUUGGCAAAGAUAAACUUGUUGUCUCCACCUCCUGCUCUCUUCUUCACACUGCUGUUGAUCUUGUUAACGAGACCAAGCUGGACCAGGAAAUAAAAUCUUGGCUCGCUUUUGCUGCCCAGAAAAUUGUUGAAGUUAAUGCUUUGGCCAAGGCCUUGGCUGGUCACAAGGAUGAGGCAUUUUUCUCUGCUAAUGCCACAGCUCAGGCUUCAAGGAAGUCCUCCCCAAGAGUGACCAAUGAGGCUGUUCAAAAGGCUGCUGCUGCGUUGAAGGGUUCUGACCACCGACGUGCUACUAAUGUAAGUGCUAGACUUGAUGCUCAACAGAAGAAGCUUAACCUUCCAAUUCUCCCAACUACCACCAUUGGAUCAUUCCCUCAGACCAUUGAACUCAGGAGGGUCCGUCGUGAAUACAAGGCCAAGAAGAUUUCUGAGGAGGAGUAUGUCAAGGCCAUUAAGGAGGAAAUUAGCAAAGUUGUCAAGCUUCAGGAAGAGCUCGACAUUGAUGUCCUUGUCCAUGGGGAGCCCGAGAGGAAUGAUAUGGUUGAGUACUUUGGAGAGCAAUUAUCAGGCUUUGCCUUUACCGUCAAUGGCUGGGUGCAAUCUUAUGGAUCUCGAUGUGUGAAGCCACCGAUCAUCUACGGUGAUGUGAGCCGUCCCAACCCAAUGACCGUGUUCUGGUCAUCUGCUGCUCAGAGCAUGACUGCCCGCCCAAUGAAGGGAAUGCUUACCGGCCCUGUCACCAUUCUUAACUGGUCCUUUGUUAGAAAUGACCAGCCCCGAUUCGAGACUACCUACCAGAUUGCUUUGGCCAUCAAGGAUGAAGUGGAGGAUCUUGAGAAAGCUGGUAUCAAUGUUAUUCAAAUUGAUGAGGCUGCUUUGAGAGAGGGGUUGCCCCUAAGGAAGUCUGAGCAAGCUUUCUACUUGGAUUGGGCUGUCCACUCCUUCAGGAUCACCAACUGUGGUGUGCAGGACACUACUCAGAUUCACACUCACAUGUGCUAUUCCAACUUCAACGACAUCAUCCACUCAAUCAUUGACAUGGAUGCUGAUGUGAUCACCAUUGAGAAUUCUCGUUCAGAUGAGAAGCUCCUUUCAGUCUUCCGCGAGGGAGUGAAGUACGGUGCUGGCAUUGGCCCUGGUGUCUACGACAUCCACUCUCCAAGAAUACCAUCAACCGAAGAGAUUGCAGACCGGAUCAACAAGAUGCUUGCAGUGCUCGAGACAAACAUCUUGUGGGUUAACCCUGAUUGUGGUCUCAAGACUCGCAAGUACGCUGAAGUGAACCCAGCCCUCAGUAACAUGGUUGCUGCUGCCAAGCUCCUCCGCACCCAGCUCGCCAGUGCCAAGUGAAUGAUUUGAGAAAGGAAGCGUGAAUUCUAUUGCAUUACAUGAACUUGAAACGGUUCUGUAAUCAUGUUUUAUUGGUUCAAAUAACCGUGUGUUGAAAUAUC